CGCCGCGUGCAGCCGCCGCGUGCAGCCGUCGCGUGCAGCCGUCGCGUGCAGCCGCCGCGUGCAGCCGCCGGCGCUGGCUCGAGCGCAGGACCGGCUUCGCAGAAACUUUUCCAGCCAGGGCAGCGCCAUGCGGAGCGGACAGCGGCUGUAGGGCGGCCCCCGCAUCCCCGCGCCCCACAGCUACCGGGCCGCAGGAUGUCCGGAGCCGGGCCAGCGCUCUGCUUGGCGGUGGCGGUGCUCUGGGGAAGCAUCGCGGGGCAGCAGCAGCCGCCGGAGCCCGAGCCCACCUGUCAGCAAGUCCGCACCUUCUUCCAAACGCUGCAGCCCGGGCUCAAGUGGGUGCCCGACACCCCGGGACCAGGGUCUGAUUUGCAAGUGUGUAUCCCCAGAGGGCCCACAUGCUGCUCGAGAAAAAUGGAAGAAAAAUACCAGGUAACAGCCCGAUUGAACAUGGAGCAACUUCUCCAAUCUGCAAGUAUGGAACUCAAGUUUUUAAUUAUUCAGAAUGCUGCUGUUUUCCAAGAAGCCUUUGAAAUUGUCGUUCGACAUGCAAGGAACUACACCAACAGCAUGUUCAAGAACCAGUACCAGAACAUGGCCCCAAGAGCGUUUAAAUCUGUUGGGGAACUUUUCACAGACGUCUCACUGUAUAUUCUGGGUUCUGACAUCAGCGUGAAUGACAUGAUAAAUGAAUUUUUUGACGGUCUGUUUCCGGCUAUCUUUUCGCACUUGAUUAACCCAGGCUUCCCCGAAAUCUCUUUGGAAAUGACAGAAUGCCUGCGGGGAGCGAGGAGGGAUCUGAAAGUUUUUGGAAACUUUCCCAAGAUGAUGAUGACCCAAGUGUCAAAGUCACUGCAGGCCACCCGAGUCUUCCUUCAGGCCUUGAACCUUGGGAUUGAGAUCAUAAACACUACCGAUCACUUGAAGUUCAGCAAGGAUUGUGGACGGACACUGCUGAGGAUGUGGUACUGCCCCUAUUGCCAGAGUCUCAUGAUGGCUAAGCCCUGUGCUGGUUACUGCAAAGUUAUAACUCAAGGGUGCCUGGCUAGCGUGGUGGAGAUUGACAGAUACUGGAGAGAAUACAUUCGUUCUCUGGAAGAGCUUGUUAAAGGCAUGCGGGGAAUAUAUGACAUGGAGCACGUCCUGCUCAAUCUGUUUUCACUGAUACGAGACUCGGUUCUGUACGUCCAGAAGAACGGAGGAAAGCUGUCCUCAACAAUUAGCAAAUUAUGUACCAAUUCUCAACCAAGGCAGUAUAGAUCAGCUUAUUAUCCUGAAGAUCUGUUUAUUGACAAGAAAGUAUUAAAAGUCGCUCAUGUGGAACAUGAAGAAACUUUAUCCAGUAGAAGAAGGGAACUGAUUAUGAAAUUGAAAUCUUACAGCAAUUUUUACAGCAGUUUAUCAGAGUACAUUUGUACCCACAGCCCUGUGGUCCCAAAUGAUACAUUCUGCUGGAAUGGACAAGAAAUUGUGGAGAGGUACAGUCAUCAGGGGGUCAGGAAUGGAGUCAAAGUUCAGUUUGGCCAUCACGACUUGAAAACCAAAGGCCCUGAGCCAGUAAUCAAUCAGAUUAUUGACAAACUGAAGCACAUUAACCAGUUCUGUGGUGUAGCAUGAUGCUGAACAAUCAAAGCCAGGAAAGUCAGAUGAAAAAGAUGAAAGAAAGCAAUUAAGGCCAAAAUUCCCAUAGAGUAUUUGUGUGGCAUAAACAUAAAUUCAAAGUUGGGCAUAAAACAUCAAAUGUUAAGGUUUUUAUUGUGCACUUAAGUGACUAUGACCUUGUUUCUGCAGAAACUGUUUUUCAAAGCAGUACCAUCUCUCUUUUUCUACAGUAGCAUUUGCAGUGCCAGAUUUUUCCAUCCUAAAAGUUAGCAUUGCAUCCAAAUAUUGCAUGGAAUAAACGAGGCGUUUAUGGGAGACUAGGGUGAGGUUGUUGUAACAAAUGUUGUAUUGAAUUUUGCUGGGUGGUGACUAAAAUGAGACUUAUUAAAUAUGAUCUAGGAGGCCCUGUAGAUUUUAACAGAUCUUUUAGAAAUAUAUUUUUGACUGUGUAAACCUGCGAACCUCCUCAAUCUGAUAGAAUUCCCUGUUGUCGGGUUGGACCUGAUCUGGCAAAUCUCAUAUUUACACUGUUUUAAUACAGAAACCGUAUGUCAAAGUACCAUAAUUUAAAAAAAUUGAUAGCAUUCCUAAGUACAUUCAAUUUACCCCACUCCCGGAGCUAGUAGCUCGUAGCUGAGAAAUUUUCCAUUUUUUGGGUCAUUUCACAUUAAAAUAGGAAUCCCAAUUUAGGAGCUUCACCAUGUGCAUUCUAAAUGAAGCUCACAGAUCAAUUUAUUCAGCAACUGGAAUUGUAUUGCAAGAAAUUAAAUUAAAAGUUCUCGGGAAUUCUUUUUUGCCCAAUGUUAGCUUACCCAAUGGGUGGCAAUUAUGAUAUUGGAAACACAUGCUCCGAAAAGCCACCAGACAUGGUAAUUAUUUCUUUUUCAGGCUAUUAAGUAAAAUGACAGAAGUUUUUUUUUUAAUGAUAAAUGUGCUUUGGAAUGUAUCAGCUAAUUCCCUUAUACUACAAGAAAUGAUCUAGAGCUCCACAAAGUCUAAGUCUGUUACUUGAAGACUAAUUUACAUUGUCCUUUUGCAAGUCUCUCAUUGCCUCUUGCUAGUAUGCUGUUAUAAACACUCUCUUUCCUUAUUCUAACUCCAUAUGGAAGAAGCAAUAUGCUAGUGCUUUGGUAUGCUGUUUAAAUCGGGGCAAGUGUGACAGACACUAAUUGAAGCACACAUAAAUUUGGAAAUGUCUUGUAUUUAUAUUUAACUUCAGUGAUUUUCCUUCUGAUAAUUUCAGGGUGAUUAAGAUUUGCUUUCCUGUUAACUUAGGUAUUAAUCAGUUAAUGACAUCCUUAUUUUGUGACCUGCAUUAGUGUUAAUGUUAGAAAGUUAUUAAAGUGGAUUGUGCGGUGUGGGGGAGGAGAAGGUUCUAUCAUAUAUAAAAUUAAUUUACUUUGCUCCUGCUUUUUAAAUCAUGUGUUAAGAAAAUA